UGAAGGUCUGCUGGCAGGCCAUCCUUUUUUUGAAUCCUUAUUCGUCUUCUAUAGGAAUACUUCUUUACGACCUUGAAAAAAUGGGUUGGGGGGUGCUUGAAGAUACCAAGAUGGCUGCCCCUCCUGGGACGGCCACCAUUGGCGCAUCACCAGUCGUGGAAGACGCAGUAAUCGAUACCAAGACAUUAAAGCGUGAUGGCAACAUCAUCCUUCAGCCACAACCGUCUGACAAUCCAAACGAUCCUCUGAACUGGUCCCCAAUGUGGAAGAAUUCAAUCAUGAUCAUUCUCGCGUUUAGCUCAGGAGUAACUACUGCACUUGGGCCAAUGGUCACGCCUGGUAUUCGAGUCGUUGCAAUGAAAUAUCGUGUUAGCUUAGACAUGGUAUCGAGUCUGAUUAUUGGGUUUCUGGCCUUUUGGAUUGGGUUCACAACUUUCUUUACUGCUUCUGGAGCUAACAUCUGGGGAAAACGUCCUUUCUUCGUACUUUCGACGGUGCUUCUUCUCGCCACAAACGUCUGGGGAUUCUUCGCAACAUCUUUCCCAUCUUUGGCUGUCAUGAGAGUUGUUCAGGGUAUUGCGUCAGCUCCUCUUGAGACUCUUGUAACUUCUACGGUCUCGGAUCUCUUCUUCGUGCACCAAAGAGGCAAACGACUUAGUAUCUGGGGUUGCAUGCUUGCAUCUGGAGUACUACUCGGGCAAACCAUAUCGGGCGCGAUCAUCGAAAAUAUCUCGUUCGAGGCCACAUUUGGGAUCUCCGCUUUGAUCUUCAUCCCAAUUCUCUUCCUCAUGUACUUUGUUGUUGUCGAGACCACGUACACAGCGCCGCGCGAGCACACCAUUCAGGUUGAAGAAAAGGGCUCAUUCUGGUCAGUUACACUGGAUGAGAAAGAAACUUACCGUCAACAGCUACGUCUCUUUCGUGGCCGGGUUUCCGACGAGUCCUUUUGGAAAGGCUGCUUCAAGCCUCUUCCGCUGAUUGCAUAUCCCGCCGUUCUCUUCUCGACAAUCGUUUAUGGCUCAUACUUCACCUGGCUACUUACCAUUUCUGUCCUCUCCGUCACUGCAUUCUCUGCACCGCCAUACAAUCUCGGGCCUGCUCAAAUUGGCCUCACAAAUCUCCCCUUACUCGCCGUCGCAUUGAUCGGCUCGCCUCUCUCGGGUUGGAUGGCUGAUGCAAUUGUUAAAUACAUGGCGCGCAAGAACCGUGGCGUAUUCGAGCCCGAGUUCCGACUUACACUCAUGCUCGUCGCAACACCUCUCGCAACCGCCGGGUUCCUGGGGUUCGGAAUGAGUGUCCAGAACGGAGCGCAUAUUGCCUGGCCUAUGUUUUUCAUGGCCCUUCACUCACUGUCAGUGCCAUUCGCCUCUCAAGCUUCUCUUACCUACGUUAUAGACUGCCAUCCGAAGGAUGCCAAUCAGGCUUUUGUCACUAUCAACUUCACCAAAGCGGUUUUCACAUUCCUGGCAACGACUUACGCAAAUGGAUGGCUUAUCAAGGCGGGACCAAGGGGUGUGUUCGAUUCUAUUACGUUGAUCAAUCUUGGGGUCUGCUCUCUGACUAUCCCGGCAUAUGUUUACGGAAAGAGAUUUCGUGGGAUUGUUGCCCGAAGCAGACUCAACCAGAGCCUCUCUCGCUAGAACUCAAGUCUCGAAACAUGGAAUUUCAGAUGCUGUACUAAUGGCCGGUCUUUGUGGUGCAGUAUGUGGGCAUUCAGGGCGUAGGCGGG